AUGAAGGGUGGCGGUAUUGAGAACCCGGUAUUCGAACCACCCAGCCCCGACCUCGGCCUCCAGUCCCAGAGGAGCCCUGCUAGGGCAGAUGCUCGCGUCCCUGUAGUGGCGGAGGCUGAGGAAGGGCCCUGCGGAUGGGGCCACUGUACCCCUAAGGCUCUACAGCUCUGCAACAACCCUGAGGGCUACCUGGCUGCCUACAGUCUCCUGGCUAUCUUCCAAGGUACUGUGGUAAAUGGCCUAAUUAACAUUAGUAUUUCAACAAUUGAGAAGCGUUAUGAUUUGAACAGUUCCCUCACUGGCUUAAUCUCUGCAAGCUAUGACAUUGCCUUUUGUAUGUUAUCACUCUUCGUAUCUUUCUUUGGAGAAAGAGGGCACAAACCACGAUGGCUUGCUUUCUCAGCAUUUAUGCUAGGACUGGGCUCACUUACAUUUUCCUUACCACACUUCAGCAGUGGAAAAUACCACUAUGGAGCUAAAUUUGAAGAUACAUGUCAAAUUCCAGGAACAAGUUCUGCUAACUUCACUUGCAAUGCCAGUAUGAAGUCUUCACUUCCCAACUAUCUGUAUGUCUUUAUCCUGGGACAGCUGCUGCUGGGAGUUGGAGGAACUCCACUAUAUACUUUGGGUACAGCUUUUAUUGAUGAUAGUGUCCCAAAACACAAGGCUUCCCUUUAUAUAGGAAUUGGCUAUGCCAUGUCACUGCUGGGUCCUGCUAUUGGUUAUGUCUUAGGAGGGCAGCUACUUAAUAUUUAUAUUGAUAUCCAGAUCCCAGAAAGUACAAAGAUGGAUCAAGAUGACCCACGUUGGCUUGGAGCAUGGUGGAUAGCAUUCCUUGCAUGCUUUCUUGCAAUUUGGCUUCUUAUAAUACCUUUUUCAUGCUUUCCAAAAUUCCUACCAGGAACAGCAAAAAUACAAGCUGAAAAAAUCUCAGAAACCCAUAAUGAUGGAAGUGAGGUGCUUGUUGAGACCAAGAAUAUUGGAAGAAGUUUUAAAGACUUUCCCAUGGCUCUCCUGAUCCUGUUGAAGAAUCCAGUGCUUAUGAGUCUAAUAAUAGCCAGUUCUUCAGAAGCAUUAGUUGCCACUGGCUUUGUCACAUUUCUACCAAAGUUUAUAGAAAAUCAGUUUGGAAAGACAUCAAGUUUUUCAGCAGUUCUUGGAGGGCUUGUAUUAAUUCCAGCAGCAGCACUAGGCCAAAUCAUAAGUGGCAUCUUGGUUUCCAAGUGCAAAAUGGAUUGCAAAAGCAUAAUCAAGUUCACGAUAGGCACUUGUUCAGUGGCCUUACUAUUAAACACAGUGUUUUUAUUUGCUAAAUGUGGGAAUGAACCUUUCGCAGGUGUCUCUGAAACAUAUGAUGGAACAGGCACACCAUAUAAUUUAACAGCACCAUGCAAUGCAAACUGCGGAUGUUUGCGUUCCAUGUACUACCCAGUCUGUGGCACAGAUGAAGUCCAGUACUUUUCUCCCUGUUUCGCAGGAUGUGCAUCAUAUCUUUUUAAUAAGAAGACGUACCACAACUGUUCCUGUGUUGGAAAACCAAAAAGAGAAAAUGGUUCAGAAGACUUUCUCUAUCAAGCUGUCUCUGGGAAAUGUCCAACACGAUGCACAUUUUUACCUUUAUUCCUCACCUUCUUCUUUUUUACUGUUGUUUUCACAUUUAUGGCUGUUACUCCAACAACUGUGGCCAUUCUCAGGUGUGUGCCAGAUAAACAGCGUUCAUUUGCUCUUGGAGUACAGUCAGUGUUUCUACGACUACUAGGUACUAUUCCUGGACCAAUUUUGUUUGGUGUUGCUAUAGACAGCAGUUGUACUCUGUGGGAUAUUAAUGAAUGUAAAACUAAAGGAGCCUGUUGGGUUUAUGACAAUGAAAGAAUGGCUUAUCUGCUGAUGGGCAUAAGUGCUGCUUGCAAAAUCAUCACGAUCAUCUUUGUGGUCAUAGCAGUAUGUUUGUAUAAGCCUCCACUAGCAAAGGCAGCCUUGUCACAAACGGAUUCAGAAACACCAUCUGCU